UCCACCGCCUGAACCCAUAAAUGCAAUUCAAUAUUCGUAGGAAAACCCAAGCGAAUCAUUCACCAACAUCUCGCCAGUCUUUCCCGCAGGACAACUCCUCCCACGAAUUAUCUCAAAAUCAAACAGAAAUUUUCGUAUAAACUCGAGGAGAGAAGUCUUUCCUGUUGUUAUCUUUCAUGGGCUAGCUCUGGAAACCACAGAAAGACAUGAACAAGUUGAAGAAUUCCCUUCAGCAUCUCAUGAAGCCAUUCAAAUUUAGUCCAAGCCAAGAGGAACAGGAUGAAGAAGAGUUGGAGAAGAUUGCUCAACAGGAACAGAAACUAUUUCCGUUCGAGACCUUAGUUGCCGCCACCAGAGAUUUUCACCUAACUCACAAGCUCGGCGAAGGUGGCUUUGGACCCGUAUACAGGGGGAAGUUGAAUGAUGGGAGAGAGAUUGCGGUGAAGAAGCUCUCACACAGCUCAACCCAAGGGGCAAAAGAGUUUACAAAUGAGGCUAAGUUGUUGGCACGCGUUCAGCAUCGGAAUGUUGUGAAUUUGUUGGGGUAUUGUGUCCAUUUGGAGGAGAAGCUACUCGUUUAUGAGUAUGUCUCCAAUGAGAGCCUGGACAAACUUCUAUUCAAAACCAAUAGAAGAGAGGAGCUUGAUUGGAAGCGGAGGCAUGAAAUAAUUGCAGGCAUUGCCCGGGGCUUGCAAUACCUUCACGAAGACGCGCAUAAUUGUAUCAUCCAUCGAGACAUCAAGGCCAGCAAUAUCUUACUCGACGAUAAAUGGGUGCCAAAGAUUGCUGAUUUUGGCAUGGCCCGACUCUUCCCAGAAGAUCAAACCCAUGUCAACACCCGCGUGGCUGGAACCAAUGGGUAUAUGGCUCCCGAGUAUGUCAUGCAUGGACAUCUAUCAGUGAAGGCUGACGUAUUCAGUUUUGGGGUUUUGGUCUUGGAGCUAAUUAGCAGCAAGAGGAACUCAUCUUUCGAUUUGCAAGUGGAUGCUCAGAAUCUUCUUGAGUGGGCAUACAAGCUUUACAAGAAGGGUAGAAGCUUGGAGAUCAUGGACCCUACAUUGGCAUCAUCUGCAGUCACUGAACAGGUAGCAAUGUCCAUUCGAAUAGGGUUGCUAUGUGUACAAGGUGAUCCGCACCUACGACCCACCAUGCGCCGGGUGGUCGUGAUUCUAUCGAAGAAACCGGGCCACAUGGAAGAACCAACAAAACCGGGACUGCCGGGAUCCCGAUACCGAAGAGCUCGCCGGCCUCCCGGACUAUCUUCAACUGUUGGAACUUCUGGUUAUCGGUCAGAUAAAUCCCACACUUUUGAAUCUACAUCUAAUACCAUUACUACAACGGCAACCACUUCGGCUACCACCCCAGGAUUAGAGCCUCGUGGGAAACGUCCCAUAAGUGAAGAGUAACUUAUUAGGAGAUUUUGUUGAUUCUUUGUGCAUUAUAAAUAGAUUUAUAGUUGGUGUGAGUAUAUAUGUAACACCCCUUAACGUACGCUAGGGGUGUCGCUUGUUUUCAUAAAAAUAAAAUAUGUAUUUAUUUUAUAAAAAAAUUAUUUAAUAUAAA